GGAGUUAGGGGAGAAUGUGGAUGUCAACUAUAGUGGUGGUUGUGAUCGUAUUGGUGGUAACGGGGCUCGGUGUUGCACAGCCGAGCACCCAAACCACCAAUACGCCCCUUAAAUAUUACUGUGGCAGUUACUAUCCGAUGUCCACAACAGUUUUUUUCACGAACCGUAACUCUACAUAUUCUCAACUCAGAAGUCAGUUGUCGAAGACAGGUGUAUAUUAUGCCCGAGCCGAGGACAUGGUGAACGGGGAUGCAGUAUAUGGAGUUGCCCAGUGCCGGAAUUACCUCGCAUCGAGUGAGUGUUUGGCUUGCUUUGAUGUGGCUGUAUCCGCCCUUGAACCCUGUGGUUCUGCCAAUGGCGCCCAUGUAUUUCUGGAUAACUGCUACCUCAGAUUUGAGAACUACGAUCAGUUCUACAAUGAUCCGCAAGGUGAUUUGGAUGUUGAUGUCACUGAAAUAUGUGGUAAUGAGUCAACAUCUCAGCCAGUAAAAUCCUUCAACCAAGUAGUGAAAGAACUAUUAUCAGAUAUCAGUGUUGCUACCCCAAGAACUCCCGAUGUCUACAUUGCAUCAACAAGGCAAUUGACUAGUGGCGUAAAUGCAACAGUCUAUGCGAUUGCGCAGUGUGUUGAGAAUGCAAGCCAGGCCAUUUGCAAGAACUGCUUGAGUCAAGCAUAUAACAAGUUGUACAGUUGUGUGCCUGCUAGUGAAGGAAGAGCCAUCAAUGUGGAAUGUUUUAUGAGGUAUUCUGAGUUUCCAUUUUUUCAGAAUAACCAGACAAUCAAUCUCGUACCUUUCCUAGGUACAGGGCAUUCAAGUAAAUCUCGAACAAUCAUAGGAGUAAGCAGCAGUGUAGGUCUUAUCUUCCUUAUCCUUGCUUUAUUCUUGUCGUUCCGUCGAUGGAUAAAGUCCAAGGCUGUUGGAAAAGGCACACGAUGUUACAGUUACCAAGAUUUGAAACUAGCAACAAAUAAUUUUAGUGACGAGUAUCUAAUAGGAAGAGGAGGUUUUGCCCAAGUGUUCAAGGCCACUAUAGAAGGCGGGAUUGCAGUGGCAGUCAAGAAAAUCAAUGUUGGGUCUAGGGCGAAAAAGGAUUUUGAAAAUGAGGUUAAUCUUAUCAGUAAUGUUCGCCACCGCAAUCUUAUCCUACAAUUGGGAUGGUGUAUUCAUGGGACUAGGCUACUUCUUGUGCUAGAAUACAUGCCCCAUGGAAGCCUAGACAAGUUUUUGUGGGGUGAAAAAAAGGGAACUUUGAAUUGGAAACAAAGGUGUGACAUUAUCUUGGGGAUUGCAAGGGGACUUGUCCAUCUACAUAGCGAAUCUCAUGUCAAAAUCGUUCACAGAGAUAUAAAGUCAAGCAACAUUCUUCUUGACGAUGAUUUCCAACCAAAAAUUGCGGAUUUCGGGUUGGCUAGGCUCUAUCUUGAGGACCAAACACAUGUUAGUACCCGGUUUGCUGGGACUAUGGGCUACACAUCACCAGAAUAUGCAACUCGUGGACACUUAUCUGAAAAAGUAGACACUUACAGCUUUGGUAUCGUAGCCCUUGAAGUCAUUAGUGGUCAGAGUUGUAGUGAUGUGAAGUACAGUGGACCGCGAAUGGAGUAUCUCCUCGAACAUGCAUGGCAAUUGUACGAGAAAGGCAUACAUAACAAGUUGGUUGAUGAAGCUAUAGAUCCAAAUGAAUAUCUAGAAGAAAAUGUGAUGAAUAUUAUAGAGAUUGCUCUAAUGUGCACUCAGUUAGCUGCUUUAAGGCCAACCAUGUCUGAAGUUUACUUAAUGUUGUCCAGUGAGCCAAAAUUGGAGCAAAGACAGAUGUCCAACCCUACCUUCAUUGAUGCUCAUAGAAGAAUUUACAAAGUUGGAAGUUGAGAAUGAGCGUCACAUAUAUGAGCCCAAACUAUACUUUUAGUUCUCUCUGCUUGCUUGAGUAUGCACAAUCUUUUUAUUUGAAAAAAUUGAAACAAAAUUGUUAAUAGAUCACACAAUGUUAAUAGAUCA